GAGCUUGCUGACACCAAAGCGCGUGUCCGGGAACUGGAGGCGAAACUCGUUGCGUUUAAAGAGCAUACUAAACAUAGCCACAGUGGGCUGCUCCCUCCUAGCAGAGGGGCUUCUCCGGUUCCGCUCAGUCCCCUUUCCCAGGCUUCUUCAUACACCUCUUCGGCUGUGACGUAUUUGCCUGACACACGCGAUUUUGAUACUGCGUUGGCAGCAUUUCAAUGGCAUGUCUCAUACUGUGGGCUUGGAAGUCCUCUUUCGACCCAAAGAGCUGCAUUUUAUUCGCUCAUUGAACAGCAGACGGGGUGUACAUUCAAUGUGGACGUCUUUGCACAUGAAGUCACCCAGUCAUUUCAAGCAAAGCAUUUAAAAUCGUCAAGAAAGUCCAUUGGGUUGAAGUGGCCUCCUUCUGCUCUAGUCCAGCGUUGUCUGGAGUAUUUUGAUAAGAAUGGGCUUUAUUCAAUAUUUCCCAUUGUCGAUGUCGAGGCUAUGCAAAUCCUCCUCAACGCGAAUACUUUAGAACAGCCAUCAAGCAUGACUCGUGCUUCUAACCGUGCUUGUCUCAUUGCUUUUGCUGCAAUGAUCACUCAAAUCCACCGUCAUGAGAAUGCCUUUGCUGGCUGUGAUCCCGACGCUUACCUGCAAGCGGCACUAACACUUCUUCCUGAAAUCAUGUUGGAGCCCCCUGACCUGAGGACUCUAGAAGCUGUGACUAUUAUGAUGCUCUAUAUCACUCCUCUUGGCAGACCCCAAGCAGGAGAACUGCUCCUUGGCGUGGCCGUGCAGCUCAUCUAUAACCUCGGUGCAAACAAGAUUCAAACGCCCCAUGAGAUACACCGGACAGACCAGCGCAGUCAACAUAUGCGAGCACUAUUUUGGCAUUGCUAUGCUAUCGAUAAGGAAUUUUCCAUCCGAAAAUCCCAACCACCUUUGAUAAACGAUGACGACUGUGACCUGGAUCUGCCUACGACAUAUGCCAGGAAGACAUCAGAACGCCACUUUUACAUGAAGCCACUAUCAUCCAAGGAGCUUCUGUUUCCCUCGGACCUCCGAUUUUCUUUGCUCAAGUCGAAGAUCUUCCGGCUGCUGUAUUCAGUGCAUGGUUUAGCACUCCCCGAGGCAAGACGUCUUCAACACAUUCGCGAAUUAGAUCAAGAAUUGAGUGAAAUGAAGCAAGGAUAUCCCGUCGACUGUCGGCCCGAUGCAUUUGCUACUGAGAGCGCACCGGAGUAUCUCUUCCACGAUCUCAGUAUCCGCGGUGUGAAUAUCCAUAUGGAAUAUUAUUAUUGUCUAGGCAAGAUCCACGGCGCAAGCAGUUCUUCUAGGAUCGCUGCCCCGCAAAGCUGGUCACCCCUUCCAUCAAGUGCCGAGUUAUGCUUUGAAGCGGCGCGAUCCUCCUUGAUCUACAUAUGGCGGGUCCGCCAAUUCGUGAACCAUCAUACCUUCUGGAUCCAUGCCCAGUUUCUCCUUGCGGCUGUAUUCUCCGUCUUCUGGUAUCUCAUCACAUUCCCCACUUCCACGACAUUUACAAGAGAUUUGAAGACCCUAGAGGAUAUAGCAGGUCUUUUCGCUGAACUUAACAAACCCAAUGAUGACAGACAGGCUUUCCCGCCGUUUUACUUGGCACAGGCUUUUAUUGAGAAGUUGGUCUCGCUGGCGAGGCAUUCUUUGCCCAAGAUUGCGGGUCAGUGA